AUAAAGCCAUGCCUGUAAUACUAAAACCAUAAUAAAAUACAAAAUACAUAAUAAAGGAAAAUGACCUUUUGUAACAUCACAAAGGAUAUUAUUGAUUGCUCUGAAUUUGGAAAUGGAUCUUGUCCUGAAGACUUCAGGUCAGCAGGUGUUCGAGGAGCAAUGUAUUUGUUAAUGUUAAUGGCUAUCAUCAUCACUGUCAUUGGGAAUCUGGCUAUAAUAAUUUCAAUCUCAUAUUUUAAGCAGCUGCACUCUCCAACCAAUUUCAUGAUCCUGUCAAUGGGAGUCACAGACUUUCUUCUGGGAUUUGCCAUUAUGCCUUACAGGAUGAUAAACUAUGAAACUAUGAUCAGGUCCGUUGAGAACUGCUGGUAUUUUGGCAUCACAUUCUGCAAAGUGCACUACAGCUUUGACCUCAUGCUCUGUUUAAUUUCCAUCUUCCAUCUCUGUUGGAGCGCCGUUGAUCACUUUUACGCUAUCUGUUACCUUCUGCAUUAUUCAAGCAAAAUGAGUUUUUCGGUGAUAAGAGGGUUUCUAGCAGUUUGUUGGUCAGUGCCAUCUGCUUUUGCUUUUGGGGUGGUUUUCUCAGAAGUAUAUGCUUCUGGAAUAGAGGGCUAUGAGAUACUAGUAGAAUGCUCUAGUUCCUGCCCAGUUGUGUUCAACAAAUUAUGGGGAACAAUUUUAUUUACUCUCCGUUUAUUUGUUCCUGGCUGUGUUAUGACAAGAAUAUAUGUCAAAAAAUUUGCAGUGUCCAAAAAACAUGCACAUUUUAUGAACAAUGUGCCUGAGAAAGAAAAUGAUAAAAAGCAGAAUCAACUUUCCAAGAAUAAAGACAGAAAAGCAGCUAAGAUUUUGAGUAUAGUUAUGGGAGUUUUCCUGAUAUGCUGGUUUCCUUGUUUCUUUACCAUUUCAAUUGACCCAUUUUUUAAUUUUUCUACUCCUGCUGUAUUGUUUGAUGCCCUAACAUGGUUUGGCUCUUUUAAUUCCACCUGUAAUCCAUUAAUAUGUUUUUUCUACCCAUGGUUUCGAAAAGCACUAUGGCAUAUUCUGUUGGGUAAAAUAUUCCAGCCACAUUUCUAUACCACUAAUCUGUUUCUUGAAAACCAAUAG